AUGUCUCCUGCUACGAAGAUUACAUUGCCUGUUGAUGAGGUAAUUUCUACAGAAUUUCAACCUGAAAAAUGUUUAACUUUAAAACUGGGUUACGCGUUAAAUGAUCUCUGGAGUUUAAGACUAUUUAAGAAAUCUCUUAACAACGGUAAACAUUUUAUUGUUUUAUCUAUUGAACGACAAAGAGAUGAACAGAGAGUACAGGUUAUUAUGAAACUGAGCUUUACUGAUCUUCAUUCCAAUAAAACUCUAUCUGCUCAAUGCUUCAAAAGGCUUCGAAGUAUUGAUAAAAGUAAAAGACUAAAUUUAAAUAAACCUAUUAAUCGAAUGCUUUAUAAGUCAGAAAAAUUUAGAGUCACUGGAAAAAUUUAUCUCCGUCUGAUUUCGAAACCAGUUUCUCUGGCUUCACCUCAAACGUUAAUUACGCUAUCUACUGAUUUCAGAAAAAUGUGCUGCAAUACUAUUUACUCAGAUGUUAACCUAAGAUGUGGUUCUGAAGUAUUUGCAGCUCAUAAAAUAGUACUUGCAAUGAGGUGUCCCAAGUUUAAUGAAAUAUUUAAGGAAAAUGUCAAUGAAGAAACUAUUGAUGUCAAAGACCUGACUCCUCACGUUUUAAAAGCAGUUUUAUUGUUUAUCUAUUCAGGUGUGCCAGAUCCAUUCACAUUUCAAUCUGCAUGUGAUCUUCUAAUUGCAGCUGAUAAGUACGGUUUGAUUGAGUUAAAAGUAUUGUGUGUUAACCAUAUAAGAUCUUCAUUUACUGUUAAGAAUGUCUUAGAUUAUUUUCUUAAGUAUGAAAUGGCAAAAACAUAUGCUUCAGAGUUUAUAGAAGAAAAUAUCUCAGAGAUUGAGAAAACUGAACAAUGGCAAAAUUUCAAAACAGAAUUUCCAGAUUUGGUGUCAGAAAUUUUGCAGGAUAGUUUUCAAAUGUUUGAUAUUGAAAAUGAUGAGCAGUUAAUUGAGGUGGGUCAAGUCACAAAAGUAUCAAGCUGUAAUGACCAAGCACCAGAUGAGAGUGUCCAGUCUUAG